ACCAGCCACACCUCACCCAACCGACCACCACCACCACCACUACCACUACCACACACAUACGCACACAUACCAACCGCCGUCACCUCUCUCUCCCCUGUCGUCCUCCCUGUAUAGCCCCUCUCCCCUCGCCUGCCCACCAUGGAGUUCUCCAACCUCCAUGCGGCCAACAAGCCGCACAAGAAGGCGACCAAGGGCAAGAAGCGGGAGAAGAAGAUCAUUGCGCACAAGAAGAAGGAGGGCAAGUCGCUGGCCAAGGCCAACUCCAAGGCCUUUCUGAUGAAGUCGGGCGUCAAGGCACUCCGGUAUCGCAAUCGCAAGGCUGAUCUGGACCAGAAGCGCCUCCACGUGCCGCUGGUCAAUCGGACGGACCCCAACUCGAUUCCGCCCAUUGUGGUGGGCGUGGUCGGCCCUCCCAAGGUCGGCAAGUCCACCAUCAUCCGCUCGCUCGUCAAGCACUACACCCGGUACUCGCUGGGUGAGAUCAAGGGCCCGGUUACCGUGGUCUCGUCCAAGGCCCGUCGGCUGACCUUUAUCGAGGUGCCCAACGAGCUCAACGCCAUGAUCGACGCCGCCAAGGUCUGCGACCUCGUUCUGCUCGUCAUCGACGCCUCGUACGGCUUUGAGAUGGACACUUUUGAGUUUCUCAACAUUGCCCAGAACCACGGGUUCAUGAAGAUCCUCGGCGUCCUCACCCAUCUCGACACCUUCAAGGACGGCAAGAAGCAGCGCAAGACCCGCAAGCGCCUCAAGCAUCGGUUCUGGACCGAGGUCUACGAUGGCGCCAAGCUCUUCUACCUCUCGUCCAUCCAGUACGGCCGAUACUCGCCGAUGGAGAUCCGCAACCUCGCCCGGUUUAUCUCCAUCCAAAAGUUCCGGCCCAUCAUCUGGCGCAACACUCAUCCAUACGUCCUUGUCGACCGCGUCGAGGACGUCACCAAUCCGCAGGAUGUCAAGGACAACCCGGGCGUCGACCGCAACGUGGUGCUCUACGGCUACGUCCGCGGCACCCACCUCAAGUCGAACAUGCAGGUCUACAUCCCGGGCGCCGGCGAGUACGCCAUGGACUCGGUCACCAUCAUGGACGACCCGUGCCCCCUCGCCGAGCGCUCGUCUGGCGGCAAGCGCCGCCUCGCCGACCGCUCCAAGCUCCUUUACGCCCCGCUCUCGGACGUCGGCGACAUCCUGUUUGAUCGCGACGCCGUCUACAUUGAUCUGCAGAACAACUCGGUGGCCAAGAAGCCGCUCGACAAGAAGCACCACGUCAAGGCCGGCUCUGGCUCGGACGCCGACGACGGCGACGACAGCGAUGCCUCGGGCUCGGGCUCGGCCGACGACGGCGAGGCCAUGGUCCAGCAGCUCGCCGACACCCGCAUGGGUCUUGACGAACAGCUCCAAAAGUCGACGUUCCAGCUGUUUGCCGGUGGUACCCACAUCUCCACCGCAGACGUCGAGAAGCAGGUCGCCCGCGAGCGCCGCGGCGUCGACGUCGCCACCCUCAACGCCACCCGCGCCGUCGCCUCCGGCUCGGGCUCCAGCUCGGGCUCGGAUGCCUCGGGCCCUGCCAGCAGCGACGGCUCGGGCUCCGAGUCGGAGACCUGGCAGCUGGUUGGCGACAAGCCGAACCGCCGCAAGCGCCUGCGCAGCCGCGGCUCGGGCUCGGACGCCUCGGACUCUGAGCGCGGGAGCGGGUCGGACGACGGCUCAGCCUCGCCGGCGCUUGUGCCGCGGGCCAAGCGGCCGAAGCUCGAUGCCGGCUCGGCCUCCAGUGACUCUGCAUCGAGCGACGACAUGGGCGGCGCCCGGUGGAAGGACAACCUCAUGGCCAACGCCGUGGCCAAGUACAAGGAGCGGGCCAAGUUUAACCUCAUGGACCUUGUGUACGGGCCGGACGGCAAAAAGUCCGACGCUGACGACGCCAACGCUCUGCUGAGCGAGUCAGAUGACGAGGUGCGCGCUCCCGGUGCCAACCCGUUCGAUGACACGCUCCUGCUCAAGCCGAAGGCCUCGCGGGCUUCGCAGCGGCUUAACGCAGUCGACUCGACCCGCGCCUCGUUUGCCUCCCUCGACGACCUCCGUGCCUCAAUCUCGGCACUCGGCGCCGACGCGCUCCGCGCCCGGUUUGUCCAGCACGUCUCGGACGCUGACGACAACUCGGACGACGACCUGAUGUCGUCAAACCGGGUCCCGAUGAAGGCCGCAAGCUCGAGCUCGAGCUCAGACUCGGGCUCGAGCUCGGGCUCGGACUCGGGCUCGGGAUCGGGAUCGGGCUCGAGCUCAAGCUCGAGCUCGGGCUCGGGCUCGGGCUCAGGCUCGGAGAGCGAGUCGUCGGACUCGAACGAGCACAACAUUGCUAUCAACAUGCUGACCGAGAUGGACCGGCAGAAGCAGCUGAACCUCACGCACUUUGCCUCGCUGCCUGAGGAGAAGCGUGCAAUUUACGAGGGCUACCGGGCGGGAACGUAUGUGCGGAUUGUGAUGCGUGCGCUGCCGGCGGAGCUUAUGCUCCACUUUGAUCCGCGGCGGCCGAUGCUGGUGUGUGGGGUGCCGACGGGCGAGACGACGAUGACGUUCCUUCGCGCGCGGAUCAAGCGGCACCGGUGGCACUCGCGGAUCCUCAAGUCGAACGACCCGCUCAUCUUCUCGCUCGGGUGGCGGCGGUUCCAGACGGUUCCGCUCUACGCGCGGUGGAACAACGGGCGGACGAUGUACGCCAAGUACACUCCGGAGCACGCGCACUGCGAGGCUGUGUUCUAUGGGCCAGCAGCGCCAGUCAACUCUGGCUUUGUGGCGUUCUCGUCACUCUCUGCCGGCGCGCCGGGCUACCGCAUCGCGGCGACAGGCACGCUGCUGGAGAUGAACGAGACGUUCACUAUCCAAAAGAAGAUCAAGCUUGUGGGCGAGCCGAUGCAGAUCUCCAAGCACACGGCGUUUGUCAAAGGCAUGUUCUCGUCGCCGGUGGAGGCGGCGCGGUAUGAGCGGGCGUCGGUCAAGACGGUCUCGGGCAUCCGCGGAGCCAUCAAGCGGGCGACGACGUCGGGGGCAUUCCCGCCAGGCACGGUCCGUGUCACCUUUGAGGACCGGCCGCGGAUGUCGGACAUUGUCUUCCUCCGGGCGUGGGUCCCGGUCUAUCCUGAUAAGGUCCACUUCCCGGUCACCAACCUGCUCGAGCCGUCGACCAGCGAGUGGGUGGGCGCCAAGACGGUGGGCCGGCUCCGGUUCGAGCGCGGCCUCCUCGCACCGCACUCGGGCGACUCAUCGUACACCACCAUCAAGCGGACGACCAAGCGGUUCAACCCGCUGCGGCUGCCGGCGUCGCUCGAGGCUGCGCUGCCGUUCAAGUCCAAGCCCAAGGAUCGCGGCAUGCACACCAAGAAGAAGUCGGCGCAGGCCAAGGCCAAGGCCAAGAAGGCCAUCAACAGGCACACUGCAGUGGUCAUGGACGACUACGAGCGCAAGAUGACCUCCCUCAUCUCCUCCAUCAACGCCGUCCGCAAGACCAAGCUCCACAAGGCCAAGCACGCCAAGAUCCGCGAGCGGACCAACAGGGCCAAGCGGCUCGCCAUCGAGGAGGAGGCCAAGAAGGCCCGUCUGCGGAUCAAGAAGAAGGACUACUUCCGCAAAGAGUCCAAACUCCGCGGCGAGCACCGCAAGCGGUCGUGAUAAAGCCCUCCCCCCCCCC